AUGAAGAAUCAAGCGUUCACGGCUCUUUUUGUAGCAGCUCUGCUGCCGAUAGCGAACUGCGCUCCAUCAGCGAAGCCAGAGGAGGAAGAUCGAUCUUGUGACAAAAGGGACGCGGAUGCCCAAAAAGUGGCUAAACCAGUUAUAACCUGUAAUUACUUUUGCUUCCCAUACAAAAAUGAUGAUGUCUACUGGGUAGAAAAGUUCUAUCCAGACGGUACGCCGUGCUUGUUCAACUUUGGACCACUGGAAAGCAAGUGCAUGAACCAGGACUGCCAUCAUCCAUCUAGUCCUAUAUUUAAUCAGACGUUGAAUGCUCCGGGUGCUGGCAAUGAAGAGAAGAAAGAUGAAGAGGAAGAUGCAGAUGACGGUGGAGAGAAGAAAGGCGAGAACGAGGAAGCAGGUGAAGCUGGAGAGAAAGAAGAAGAGGAGAAAGAUGGGGAGGCAAAGGAGGAAGGCACAAACGAAGCGGAGGGUAACGAUGAGCUUGAGGAAAAUAAUAAAGAGGACCAAAAUAACGAGCAGAAAGAAGAUACGGAUGAAAAUUACAAGGAAGAGGGGGAAGAUUAA